AAAAAAAAAAAAAAACAGCAAUACGCGCACGUCCGAAAGUUACAAAACACCGGGUUAAACAAAAUAAAUUUAUUUCUUGUUUUCAUAUUAACAUUUUAAGUCGUUAAACAUGUUUAAAAUUUUCACCCGUGUUGUUUCGCAACAGAGCAAUAAAGUGUAUAUGUCAAAAUCUAGGAAUGCUCAAUGUUGGAAUACCACUUUGUUCCGUUCCGUUGCUACUAAAAGAACCGAUGAUCCUAUGAAAGGAAAAGGUCCAAUCACAUGGCGAAGCUUUGCAUUGAUUGCCACAGCUGGCCUUGGCAGUCUUGGUUUCAUGUGGUACGUGAAAGACGAAAAGGAACAGGCUUUGCUGAAGGAGCGUAAGCGACAACUAGGUAAAGCUGCCAUAGGUGGAGCUUGGGAGCUCGUAGAUUCCAACGGUAAUGACCGCAAAUCGUCCGACUUCAUCGGACAGUGGCUAUUAAUUUAUUUCGGAUUCACGCAUUGUCCCGACAUUUGUCCAGAUGAAUUGGAAAAAAUGGCAGCUGUAGUUGAUGGAUUAGCUAAACACGAAGAAGCUGAGCCAGUUCAACCGAUAUUUAUUACAGUAGAUCCCCACAGAGAUACCAAAGAACUGGUUGGAAAAUACGUAAAGGAAUUCCAUCCGAAACUACUCGGGCUAACGGGCACAGUAGAACAGGUAUCACGGGUGUGUAAGGCUUUCCGUGUGUAUUUUAGUGCCGGCCCUAAAGAUCAGGAUGAUGACUACAUUGUGGAUCAUACAAUUAUUAUGUAUUUAGUUGAUCCAAGUGGUCAAUUUGUUGACUACUAUGGACAAAACCGCGAUAAGGAGCAAGUUAAAAAUUCCAUACUUAUAAACAUGGCAAAGUUCAAACAAGCAAAUAAAAAAUCAUGGUUUUAAGUAUGUAUUUUUCAGCAGAUUUGUAUUUAAUGUAUAUAAAAUAACAACUGAUAAUAAAAUAUAUAAUAUAAGCUAACAAGAAA